CGAUGCUGAUAACGACUAUCCGCUCUUUUUGUAGCUGAAAUAUUCUUUUGAAGAAUCGCUACAUUUUGCGUUAUCCUUUGCCAUACUUAUGUACAUUAUCUUUGCUAACCAUAGAGGGCGGCAAUGCCCCAAACCCAAAGGCCCUGCAAUCCCCACAUCGGUAUGUGGAGGGAAACAAACCGCGCUUCGGCCAGAACGCCGAGAAUCAAAUAAGUCAUUCCAUAUUUUGUCUAUUUUUUUGUGGGGUAGAAAGCUUGAUGAACAUCGAGUCAGGGUAAGCGGUACGUUAUGCAUAACCAUUGUAGCUCAAAAUUGAACUCGCAAUGAAACAUUUCAAAGAACAACCCAUCCACAGUAUUCUGUUUCCUUCAUACCCCACCAAGCCCGGCGUCCAGCCAGAGGCUGCCAUUGAACGAGAAAUUUGUCCGCUAUAGGAAGAAGUAUCCGUCCAGAGAUGCUUAGUGUGCGAACUCGAGCCCACGAUUCCACGUAUAUGGUUCGAAGCCUUGAUAUCUCGGGCUUGGAGCCCCUGCCGGAUGCCCAGCGGAAACAAUAAAUGAAGAACCGGAUGAAUUUUGCUGCCAGUACCAUGCACACAGCUACAGCUGGACCAUUGCUGAGAAUAAUAUCGGGGUGCUGGGAAGGGUACUGCGCGGGGAGGGGACGCUGAUCCGGGUGCCGUCCUAGUAGAACAAGAAGACAAGCCCAAAAGCAGUGGAGAGUUGAGAAGGGCGCCGUCAAGUAUGACUGAUGUACCCGUCGUGCCCGUGGAAUCGUGACGACUGUGUAAUUAUCGGCCGCUUUCUCGUUGUCAUUCUGUUGCGCAAUCUUCUCUUCAAACUCAACGGCUUUUUUAGCACUUAGGUCAUCCCCAGAGCUCACGACAUAGGUGCGGUAGGUGUAGACGGAAUAGUCGAAUUGGUUCUCUAGAAUAGCCAGCAUCUCAGCUGUGUGACCACCGCUACCUAGCAUGACAAGGAGGUGGACAGGGGUGCCCCUUCGACGGACUCUGGGAAGCGAGGCAUUUUGAGAAAUCACUAGAGAUACUAGGAUGACCUAGGACAGCCAAUGUUUAGUUUUGCAUAAGUAUUCCUUUUCAAAGCCAUAGCUUUUGACGCACGAGAAUGAUGAGAAAUCCAAUCGCGCCUGUAAGGCCGAGUACCUUCAAGGAAAGGUCCCAGAGGGGCUGCGGAGUCGAAGCCAUGAUGUCACUCCAGCUGCGUGCUCGAGGGUGGAUAGAGAAGGUAAGCGUUGCUAUGGCGAAAGAGACAUGAUUCAAUCAGGAAAAAGCCAAAGCAGAAAAGGGCGAAAAGGAAAGAGGGGGUCCACCGCCCUGAUUCUUCAUCAAGGGUAGUUUCCUUUCCUCCUAGGCAAAUUGAAGCUGUCGCGUCCGCGCAACACGUGCUCCAAGUGGUCUGUGCAGCCCGCAACUAGUGCAACCUGGGGAAUCUUGGGUUUAUUUUCAAGUUUCCACCCUCCUCUCCCUUGCCAUCAACAACAAUUCGCGUCUUUUGGUUUUGCUCGGCAACUCUGCGCCUGUUAACAUGUCAUGGCGCUCUUCUCAAAACGUCUGACCUGCUUUUAUUGCGGUCGGCGCGCUUCUCAGCCCGUUCGCGGGCUGGUCCGCAAAUUCCACUGUGAACACUGCGAGGCUGAUAACUAUUUGGAUCAGAAUGGAGACAUCACAGACCCUCCGGCCGAGGAUAUUAAUCGCUUGAAUCAGGGCCCCGAUGACUCGAGUCCAGCCCUCGAAUCUACCGACUUUGCAGGAUCCAAUUCAUUCUGUUCGAAAUGCAUUCGCAACCAGCAUUUGUUCAGGUCAUCGCUUGCUGCCUAUUUCCCGCCCUCUGACGACCCGACAGAUGCCGAAUAUGAGCGCGGCUACGCGCAAUUCAAGAAAGGCCUCGAAGAAAGAUACCCACAAGUUUGCGAUGCCUGCGGACCCCGGGUGUUGGAAGAAAUCCGCAAGAAAGGCUACGAAGCCAAGGCAGAUCACCUACGUCGCAUGAUGGACCGCAGUCGAGCUAGCAAGACUUUACGACAAGCUAGGGAUCGCAGCUGGCAGAGCUUGCUUGUUUACGCCGGGGCGUUUGGUUACUGGACGAGUGUUGGUGGUCAGCUUGCAUGGGACGUUAUGAGCAUUUUGACCAGCCCGGAUCCGUCUUUUGAUCCUGACAUGCCUUUGGAUACUCCGGCCUCAGUGCUCUCCUGUGUGAGCCAGACAGCGAAGAUUGGUCGUCUUCCCAGUGAAUGCUCAUUUGAUCUCGCCUCAACUGCAGGAUUCGCUCUCAUCGCAGGACUUCUCUCCAUCUGGUGGAAUCCGAAGCUGCGUAUGAAGGUAGAGGGUCGAGCUGGCAGAUUUGCUGGGUUUGCUGAAUAUUACCAAGCACAGCUUAUCACUCUCGUGGCUCGUUGCGUUUUCUGGGAACUGCUCAAGAACCCAUCUGCAAGCGCUCUUAGACCCAGCCUCCCCCCAGCAUUGCAUUUAUUCAUGAUCGCUUUCACACUGUUGUCAGUUGUGGUUUCACGUCGCGUCGUUGACUACAAUACCCAGCCGUUGGUAGAUUGGUCUGAUAAUUCCUGGGAGAAGCCUCUACGGAGCGGUAGAACAUCUCCUGUUUCCGGCUCCAGUCCUUCGAGAGAGACUAUCGUACCCAGACCUGCCGGUGGCCUACUCGACCAGCGGUUUCCUUUGGAUAAGCUGGCUCCACGUUUGCCGACAGCAAGACCGCCGCCAGGUUUCCCUACUCCUCCCCCAGAAGUGGACGAGAUGGAAUGGACCCCAUCAGCUGCUCAGCCUGUUCUCCAGCCGAAAGUUAGCGUCCACCGGCAAGAGCGGGCCUCUGUUUUCGACGGCCCGUCUCCUUUCACUGGCAGCCUUCCCCCGGCUCCCAAGCCGCCGGCUUGGAAUCUCCGCAACCAGCCAUCAGCAAAGCCCAUUGAGCAAGUCGUUCAACCAAACCCAUUUCACCGAGGUCUUUCGAACCCUCCAAACCAAUGGCAACUGAAGGCCUCGAGCCCGGAACCCGUGUUUAGGCCCCCAUCAUUCUUCCCGACGAGCGAUCUCAAUACUUCUACCGGUCUAGAAACAUUGUUUGAGCGUGCGUUCGACAUUGACCCUGAAAGUCCCAAAAGGGAAUGGAAGCAACCAUCGCUCGAUCAGAGGUCUUACUCUCCUCCUUCGAGUCAAAUUGUAUUCCAAUACCUUCGACUCGCUCUGUUAUUGGGAUCUAUGGCUGCCUGGACAUUCUCUCAAACCCACCAACUUUCGAUUCCCGGAAACUAUGUUGAAGCCUGUGCUUUGGGAAGUGCCAGUCUUAUUGCUGGCUUUGCUCUUUUGGAAGCAGUGAAAAGACCUCUGGCGCAUUGGAAUGGUAUGGAGAUCUUAGUCUACAUCACUGAGCUCGCCGCGGCCGUGCAUCUUGGGGCUCAUUUGCCUCAAGCGUCGUAUGAACGGGAAUACUUUGACCGAUAUGGCAAAUUGCUUCUUGUCUUCAUGGCCGUUCAGGAGGGACUCGGGCUAUUAGCUUCAUACAAAGGUUCAAAUCCUACGGAUUCCGAACAGACCCAGGCAAACAACCCAAUGUCUCCGCAGCCUGUUUCACCGCAAGCAGGAUCUUCACAAUUAGUGUCUCCAGCUCAACAAGCUCUUGCUUGGUCUCCCACUCAUUCCACAUUCGGCAGCCCCCCUCCAGCCCCAUCCGUCACUUCGCACUCACAAGCUCCCUCUCUUUCCUUCUCCACGACUACCGGCAGCUCUAGCUUUUCCUCGGGUCUGUCAUCAGCCUUACCGUCUGCUCCAAAUUAUCGAAUCGCUUCAUCUCAAAGCCACAAUCGCUACCAGACAGCGCACAAGAAUCCUCACAGCUUCACGAUGAGUGAUCUACAAGUGAACGAUCCACCAUCGGACUACGAUCAAGACUCAGACACUGACACCGUAGCCACUACCACUACAACAAUGACCGAUGCCACCACCCGUAACAUUCGGUACGGCCGACCUCCCAACUCCGAGUUUGGCUCAGGGUUUUCCCCGAGAAGGAGCGAGCUUGGGCCAGGUAUCGGUGGUCUCAGUCUGGAAGAUCGCCCUGCUUCUCGACGCGUUACUCGCAGUCAAACACAGCAAGGGCUAACGGGGCGAAGAUUCCCAGGCCGUGCUGUUAGAUGAUUCAGUCGCCGCCUUUACCAGCUCAUUUUUGAUGCACUUGCGUUCAUUUCCCCCCUCUGCAACAGAAUGUUGUCUUGCCCUUUUCCCUUGUCUUUUUAAAUUUGCAUUUUUAUUAAGCCGACAUACUCUACUUUUGCUUUCGGUUUUAUUAGGAGGAAGUUGGUCCAGCGAGUUUACAUUCAUAGCGGCGGCGAGCUCUUGUCUCUUUAUCCUUGCCAUUUUUUGAAGCCGUCUGGCAUAUUGAGCUCAGAGGUUAUGAUGUAUAUGAUUUGACGAUAUGAGCUAUGUGAAUACACCCCAAUUGAUUCUGUGAAUCAAGCAAUCCUAAUCAACUGUAAUGAAACUGUCAUGAUUCCU